AAGAUGAAGAAGCAACGUUUCAUCUUCAGAAAAUUAUCUCCACGAUUCUUUAUUCUCGGUAAUAUCAGCGACGACCUAUUAUCAUCGCUAAGUGUUCACCAUCUAUGAGAAGGAGAAAAGAUUGUAGCACGAAAAAGCAAAAAGCUUCUGACAUUAAACUUCUAAGCGCACUACGUCUACAACUACGACUAGGACAACAUCUAUAUCUUAAAGAACAAGAAGAUGGAGAGCCGACACGAGACUCUUUUCGUUGGGAACAUUGAUCAGAAGCUGAAGAAGCAUGAUCUGGAGCACAGUUUGUUUGAGCUCUUUGUCCCUUUCGGGCAUGUCAGGGAGAUCAAGUUUAAGCGCGAACAAAUGCUCGCACGCCACGACAAGUCCAAGUACAAAAAAGCGAUGCCGCUGAUGAAGACGAUCGCAUUCUUAUGGACGUAUGCAAUAUAACCACAAAAACUUGAAGAGUCCCCUUAGAGAUUGUUUUAUAGAUUCUCCUUAUUCAUACUCAUAGUCAUACUUGUUCUUGGCUGAAUUAUCUGAUUCAGAUUCAUCUUCCACUCUUCCUAAUCCGAUCUUAUUUCUUCCCCUAAUUUUUGUUGUGUUUGCGACCGAGGCUCAUGCCACUGCUGCGAAGGCGAAGCUGAAUAAUUUUCCGUUCUUCGGGAGAAAUCUUUUCAUCGAUUUCGCUCGAAAGAGAGGUGAUGCGGCAUGUAUGGCAGACGGAACUUUCGAUUUCGCUGCUGAUGCAAAACAGAGAGGGAAGGACAAAAUAGCAACACGGAAAAUUGCGAUCAAAAAUCAACAAGUCCAAGAGAUCGCGCAAACAACAAAGGAAGUGGUAUUGCUUACACUUGAGAGUAGGUUAAAGGUGCUUUUGUUACCGUUUGUUAUGGCUCUCCUAAGAAGGACAGCCAUAACAAGCGGGAUAAAGGAACACCAAUUAAGACCUACCUCUAAUACACCUUGUAGCUAUUUUUCCCGAGUUAGUUACAUCAUCAUCAUCAGACAUUAUCAACACAUUAUCAACAAGAUCAUGAAGAUCUGCUGGAACUCCUUCGAAGUACUAUACGCAACUCCUUAUCUUCAUGGCAUUUUUCAUUGACCAUCACCACAUCCACCUCCACCAUCUUCACCAACAAAACUUCACAUCAUCAAUCAAGGUUGGCGAACCAAGCACGACACUCGUGGUUGAGGGUUUGGCAGAGCAUCUGACGGAAGAGGUGAUGCGACCCUUGUUCGAACAGUUUCCGGGCCUGGUAGAGCUGACUCAUUUCCCAACGCAAAACCGCAUAAAGUGCGAGUUCAAGCACGAGGACCACGCUUCGCAGUGUCUCCGGGAGUUGCAGGGCUUCAAUGUAGAUGGCAAAGUGAAGCUCAAAAUCGUUUUUGGUGCAUAACUACCUGUAGAAAAAGAGAUGGAAGAAGAUCAUCUACUACAGUAGAUGUGGAGGAUGCAGAGGAGCAAUGAGCUGCAGUCUCAGUCUUCUAUUUAGAGGACGUCUCUGCGUCGAUGGGGGUCGUCGAUUAACAUGUGGGUUUCAACACUUGUUUCUACAUUUUGCUUUCAAGUCCUUGGAGGGAGCCCAUACGACAAGCAGCUCUCACAGCGGAAGUGCAGGCAGAAACUACAUUUGGUGAAUUCUAUUCCUCGAGAAUUAAGGGAAUUCGAAUGUCCGAAAAGGAGUGUCAGCCCAUAAUGAUAUAUUGAUACUUCACCAUGAUAGUUCCGGUUCCCCGACCACUAUCAUGAAGAUGAUCCCAUCAUCAUGUCUCACUGAUAUAAGAAAGAUGAAGAGCCCAUCAACAUGAUAAGAACGUCGCAAAAUAUUUCCUACGCCUUUUCUAGUAUGUAUCUAUCCCCUAUAUUGUUUGGCCAAAAUAUCUCUGCAGCUCCACGCAGGAAUUACUUAAGAUCUCAGG